UGUGAUUACAUUUUUAAUACUUCGAAUAGUCGGAAAACGAAAAAGAUCUUUCUUGAAUUAAGCCAAUUUUUGUGAAAAGUAUGCGUUAUUGAAUAUUUGUGAUUGACCAAUACGUCAGUGUUUGCAUAUACGGUCACGUGACGAAUUGUGAGUUUUAAAAAAAAAUGCUACUGGAAUCUGAUUGAUUUGUGCUGACUGAUACCAUUAAGAGAGGGCACUCGCGUCUUUGGCAGCAAACACAACAAAAUUCUUUUGGGAAAAUAAAGGAAAAGAAAAAGAAACAAAAAUGGCAAACAGAAGCAGAUUAUUCUACCUCUUUACAAAAAUGUAUCGCUCUCAAAAGCGAGUUGUUUCCUCGUCCUCAUCCAGUCCUCAGACAAUCGUUACAAACGUUGCACCUAUUGCGUGUCCAGUUCAAAGAGGACAGGACACUUUAGACAAAUCCUAUGAACAAAACAAGGACCAACAGCCCCUGACACCCUCAGUGAUAGCCUUUGACAACAUCCCUGGCCCAAAAGGUCUCCCUAUUGUAGGAACACUCUUAGAUUAUAUGAAGAAAGACGGGCUUCCCUUUAACAAACUCUACGAGGUAUAUCAACAACGAUCUCUUCAGUAUGGACCCGUUUUUAAGGAGAAACUGGCUAACUUUACAACACUUGUUAUAAGUGACCCAGCUGAGUACAAUAAGGUCGUAAGAGCAGAAGGGAAAUAUCCAUUACGCCGUGACUUAGAACCUUGGUUCCUGUAUCGCGAGAAAAGAAAGAUGGGACAGGGACUAGUUAACUCACACGGUCCUGAAUGGCACAAAUACCGCAGUGCAGCCUCAAAGAAAAUGCUUAAGAUGAAAGAAGUUUCGGAAUACUGUAAAAGCAUGGAUGAAGUAGCAGACGAUUUCAUCGUUCAUAUAUCCUGCAUUAGGAAUCAACAAGGCGAAGUCCUUGGCAUUGAAAAAGAAUGUUUUAAAUGGGCAAUGGAAUCUAUGGGAACCUUCCUCUUUGAAUCAAGAUUGGGAAUCUUUAGUUCAAAUCCUCCACACGAAGCACAGAUCUUUAUAGAAAAUUUACAGGGCCUCUUUCGGUUGAUGCAAGUUCUUAUGUAUAGUUUACCAAUUUACAAGAUAUUCCCUACCAAAGAUUGGAGGCAGUAUGUAAAUUACUGUGACAACGUUUUCAGGAUUGGCAAAUCAUACGUGAACAAGAAAGCUGAUCAAAUUCGGGAAAACCCCGCAAAGGAAGGGGAGAGGACGCCGUUUAUAGAGUAUAUGAUGAAUCAAGAGUCAUUGACGAAGCAAGAAGCCUUGUCCACGUGUGUUGAUCUUCUGGUGGGCGCCACUGAAACGACAUCCAGUGGUAUUUUAUGGGCGUUAUACUGCUUGGCAAAAAAUCCAGUCGCCCAGGAGAAGCUGUACAAAGAAAUCAAACAAGUAUUACCAAACAACGAAGCCAUUACACCGGAGAGGCUGUCCAGGCUCCAGUACGUCAAAGCAGUGGUCAAAGAGACGUUCAGGCUUUAUCCUUUGACCUUCACCACAAGUAGAUAUUUGGAAGAGGACCUUGAGAUCGGAGGUUACAACUUACCUGCAGGAACCCAUGUUCAGGCUAACAUGUACGCUAUGUUUCGAAACAGUCAGUAUUAUUCUGAGCCAGAAGUGUUUAAACCAGAGCGCUGGUUAAAGGACAGUGGGAUGGAUAAUAACCUUAAAGCUAUGUCAAACCUUGUGUGGGGACAUGGAGCGCGCAUGUGUAUAGGUCGCCGAUUUGCCGAACAAGAAAUGUACAUACUUUUAACCAAGAUUGUGCAGAACUACAAGGUUGAGUAUCAUCAUGGCUCAGUGGAACCCUUGCUUAACAUGGUCAUGAGCCCCGAUCGCCCUCUCCAGUUUUCGUUUAUUCCGAGGGAGUAACGACUUACCUAUCAACAGCCGCCUAGGAAAUGCAAAAAAUUCCAAAUCCAAACAAAUGUAUAAUUCAAUAAUAAAAACUCUGAAAAUAAGAUUCUACUACAAUACAUGCUGUUGUUGGAAGCCUUCUACGAGGGUCCAUCAAAAAAUGCGUUUUUACUUUACGUCAUAUAACUACCAAAUUUUAAAGACAUACUUUAGCAAUAAAUCCUUACCAAUUGAACACUUUAUAAUAAGUUUAUUUCAAUUUAUCAAUAAAUAUUUCAUCAUACAAAAUUUUGACUAGAUCUUUGUUAUAUGGCGCCAAAUCAAAAUAAAAUUUAUACGGCUUUACUAGGUAAUAUUACGUCAUUUGAUUUGCUGCAUUAUGACGUAAUACGUUGAUCCGUUGAUAAAAAAAUCAGUGUUAAGGUAACUCACUCCUCAUGUUUUGAUUUCAUUGCGCAGAUGAUCAUUAUAUUUAAAAUGAAUAUGAUUUUAUUUAUUUAAUCAUCACAGAUAGAUUAUUAUUUCAUAAUUACACAACAUUCACAAAGAAAAUCGAUUUGAAUUGAAGAAACAAACAAGUUUUUUGGGGAACUAUUUUUUCGUGCGGAAGGUUUUUUAGACGAAAAUGACAGAAACAAGCAAUUUUAUGAAUUUUCAAUAUACUUUUCUUUUUAUUAUACUUUAUUCAUUAUUCACAUUUUUAACAUUUGAUAGGUUUGUAACAUAUUUUAUAGGUUCUGUGUGACAUGUACAAAAUCAAAUCUUGAAAAUGUGAUAGCCGUUUAGCAUCAAAUCAUGCAAAUAUAUAGAACAUGUCUGAAUUUUUUAAGCCAAAUUUUGCGAGAAUUUUACCUUUGAAGCCCUAUAUCUAAAAUUUGACAUCACUGACCCCCAUGUUAUAUUAUGUCAAAAUGAUACUGAAUACAUAUCUAGGCAAUCUGGAUUAAUCUUAUAAAAUUCUUGAUAUUCAAAAAGUUUUUAUUUCAAAUCAAAUUGUAACUAUUAUAGAAAUUGUCUAUUUUAAGUGCAAAAAGGUCACACAAAAAUUUAUGCAGCUUCGUACAUUUUUUUUUCGUAAUCCCUCUAUUCAGUGUGACCAUUGUGCAUAAUUAAAAACAAUAUUUGAAGAAAUA